AUGGGACUUCUGGAAUCGUUAGAGAAGAAAGGCCGCGCUGCGUUCGAUCAAAUCAAACGGGAGAUUGGCAUGGGCGACAACAAGCAGCAGCAGCAGAGCUAUCCUGGUUAUCAGCAACAAUCUUACCCCGGCUAUCAGCAGCAGCAGUCUUAUCCCGGUAAUCAGCAGCAGGGUUAUCAAGGCUAUCAACAGCAACAGCAACAGCAACAGAACUGGGGACCUCCGCAGCAACAUCAACAAUGGGCACCACCACCACCAAACCACACCAAGCCGCCUCCCCAAGCCCAAUCCGCCGCAACACCACAACAACCCCAAUCAGGCAACCCAACAGACUACUGGGUCCCAAUCCUCCACUCCUCUCGCUCCGUCGCAACCGACUUCGACCACAAACUCGGCAACACCGACGGCUGGGGCAACAACGAACUCCAACACUACACCAACCUGCCCCAAAACUCCUUCUACACGCCCGACCACAAACUCGUCCUACGCGCCAUCUCACACCCCUCUGACCCGAAUCCCGCCACAAAAUACACCUCCGCUCGCCUCGUGACCCGCCAGCGCCUAGACCGUCCACGGGGCUGUCUUACCGCUACUAUAAGCAACCCAUCUGCGCCCGGGAUCUGGCCCGCGUUUUGGUUGCUGCCGGCUGAGCCCUUCCAGUGGCCUAAUGAGGGGGAGGUGGAUGUAGGCGAGUCCUGGAAUGGCGAUCCGACGAAUCAUACGUGUUUGCACUGGGGUCAUUUCAAUGGCGCCGAUAGCCAGAAGCAUCGUGUGAUUGAUACGCCGAUUCAUGAUUUGGGGCGGAGGCCGAUCAAGUAUGAGUUCGCAUGGGAGCAGGAUGAUGCGACGGGGAGAGGGAGGUACUUGUGGUGGAUUGAUGGGCGGCCGGUGAUGAAGGCGAGUAUUCCGGAUGGGUUUAGGCGGAUGCAGGAGUGGACGGUGUUGCUCAAUAUUGCCAUGGGAGGGAAUGUCUGUCAGGGGAAGACGCCCGCGGAGGGGAGCUACGACAUGGUUGUACACGAAUUGAGGAUGAGUGGCGAGUGCGAUGGGGGCUGGGGACGAUUCGAAGGGGACUGGUGGCGGGCUAAAGAGGGAAGGACGAUGUGA